AUGAAUGACCCCACUAUGUUGCAACAAAUGUCAAGCAACCCUAUGCUUUUAAACCGAGUUAUUGGUGCACAGAGUGGAGGUUUAAGAGCGGCACUUUUAGCGAAAAUGGCAGGCUAUGGUGGAGCUGCAGACGGAACAGCUUAUAACCCUCAAAGUCAAAUGAAUUUGAGUUCACUCAAAAAUCAAAUAACAGAUGUCAAAAAGUCAAACAUAGACAUACAGAAACAAAUAAGUGAAAACGAAAAGAAACUAGAAUAUGACAGACACACAAAGAAACUCAAUGAGUUAAACGUAGAGAAAAAGAAGAAAGAAGAACAACUGAAAGAACUAAGUACAGAGGAAUAUGCGAAAAAAGUGUCAGAAAAAGCAGCAGAAGUAGCAAAAAUGGAACAAGAUGUUAUAAAUUUGAAAAACCAUACUACUCAAUAUAAAGUACUGAAAGAUGAAGAAAUAAAACAAAAAGCCCUGAAGACAUAUAUGGAUAGCGAUGAGUAUAAAAAAGAAGUUGAAGCAAAUGUAAAGGCAGAAAAACUUUUACAGUUGCAAAACCAAACCGUACAGUAUGAAAACUUAGCACAAGAAAGUAAAAAUAACGACGCAGCCAUGCAAAAGGCAAUGAACAGCGCAGAAUAUAUAAAAGCUAAUAAUGACUGGUUAGAUGCCCAAGCCAACGCUAAAGCAGCCCAACUUAUAGGGUCAAUAAGGACAAAAAUACAAGCGGAUGAAGACAGUUCAAAUGAAGCUUUAAUGAAUGCUGACUUUAAGAAUGCCUUCGAAGCUCUUCAUAGUAAGGUGAAACUAGUGAACGACUUCUCAUCUGGAAAGAAACUGAAGUCUGAAGGUUUCGACAAAGAGUUAAGAGAAGUAGCACAAAAUAUGACGAAAAUAACAGAUGCAGCAACGAGACAGGCAGUUCAAAGUGCCUAUGACGCCGUUAGAGCAACUGUUGUGGAAAGUC